GGUGGGCAUGGGGGCAGCGAGUCUCGGUGUAAUUAUGGCGAGAUGUCUUGUGUUGGUGUGGAGUGAAUGCCUCUCAAACAUGACGAGUUUACCGCUAAAAUGGAUUAAAAAGGGAAAAUAUUAACUACCAGGACGAAGAUGGUAGGAAGAGGGUGGUGGGUGCUGGUGUGGACCGUGUGUGCUGGCUGGACAGUGUGUUUAGUGUGUGGGGGGUUGACCUGCCAGCCUGGGCAGGAGUUCUUCAGUGGCCGGCACGGGCAGUGUGUGCCAUGUACACGUUGCCAUGACCCUCAGGUGGUCAUGAUACCCUGCUACGUGUUCCAGGAUGCAGUGUGUGCCCCAGUGGCGCAGAUUGUCCCAAACUGGUCGCAGCCCGGUCAGCCCCAGCCCCCCAUCACCCUCUCCACGUCACCCCCUCCACACACCAGGGAUGCCCGCACCCGUGGCAGACACAAGGUUGGCAUUCCAAGUGACAGAAGUGAGUCAGAAACAAUGUCUGACAUUCAGGGAAAAUCUCACAGCAAUAAAUCUGCUCCUAGAAAAAAUAAUAUCCGUGCCCAGGACGGUACCACACUUCUGGCCAGAAAUGACUCGAAGAAAAACAGUAAGAAACACCCUCGGCACAACCACCACCAUAGACACAGGCAGGACCUCAGGCCUCAGAACCGGUCUAUUGAGUCACAGACUGAGGAGUCCAAGGUGAAUAGUGUAAUCCUUCAUGAAAAGAGUGGUGCUAAUGAUGCUCUGGACCAGCCGCCCAUCAAUGACAACACAGGCAUUCUGAGCAGAAACAGUGAUGAUAUUGAGUCAGCAGUCAGAGAUGACAGUAUUGUUGCUAAUAGUAUUGAUAAGACAGAGGAAAGUGACUUGGAGCAGCCUGAGGAUGGAAGUUGGAAAGAAACGUUUUUCUUUGCCAUCAUCAUCAUUAUCAGCAUCUGCCUCGUUGUGGUCACCAUUGUCACACUGAGUCACUCGAGGAAUAUUCUAACACGCCGGAAGCUGAAAAGAGUAUAUGAUGGAGUUCCAUCUGAAAGCACUGGGGAGGCAAGAGUAAUGCAGCAGCUACUGCCAUCAGCACAUAAUGGCACAACCCCUGUGGUGGCCACCAGGGGCACUGUGACUUACAUCAGGGCCACCUCAGCCAACUCCACUCCCUCCUCCCCCACCAUCACCACCACCACCGCUGCCAUGAGUCUGGAAACUCAGCGAACAUCUGGUCAAGUCUACCCAAUAAAUCCUUUCACCAUGGACAGAUUACUAGAACAGCGUAGAGUGCUGGGCCCUGCUUCAUCUGUGGACACCAAUCUGUACAUUGAAAGUUGGCAGCAGCAGGACAGCCAGCCUGCAGGACACAUGGCCCUUGUCACACCUGGCCAGUGCAUACCCCUGCCUCUGCGAGGGUCGGUGUCUGCCUGCCCCAGUCCUGCACCUGUUCGGAGCUACCGCACUGGACCAGCCUCAGCUUCAGCGAGUCCCACAGUCUCCAUCAGAGGACUAAACAUCACCCGAGGACAUGUGCGUGGAGGCCUGGCAGUGUCAGGAGGUGGGGGAGGAGGGUGUUCUUGAGGGAGGGUUCCUUUGUGACUGUGGGAACCUGUUGACUCAAGACAUUCUUGGGAUCAGCUCCCUUAAGUGCUGGCUCACUCCCAUGCAUUUACUGUGAAGGUGCUACAAUGUGGUGAUGACGCAGCAUGUGACAGUGGCAUGCUGGCCGCUGCGCGCUGAACACAUGCAUGUCCCUGUGCCAUGCUUGUAUAAGUUUAGCAAUGCAUUGUAAACUUGUUAAGGAAGAAUGGUUCUUGCAAAGUGAUGUUUGAACCAAUAAUUUUUUUCCUGCUUAUUAUAACAUCAGCACUGGAAAGACAAGCAAAGUAAUAAUACAUUCCAUCUCAUUAAGAUUUUGAUAUAUUGUACAAUACAUGAUUAGUUUAAUGAACUUUUGUAAUUCUGUAUAUAUGUAUACUACUAUAUUUAUGAGAUGUAUAUAGACAACAAAUUUGUGUGCCAGUCUUUUGAUAAUUCAUUGAAUGAAAACAUGUUUACAAUCAGCUCAAGUUGAAGGCUAGCUCUGUGCUGCUCAAGAGUCAGUUUGUAGGUAAACCUCAGAGGAAAACAGCUCGUCCUGAGAGUCAGAAUGAACAUGUAUGACUUCUUACUGACUUUAAUGGGUAUACAUGUUCUUAGUGCCAUAUUGGGUGUUCCCAAGCUGACAUUGUGUGCCAUAAUGUUUUAGUGAAGUGUUGGAAGGUGCUUAAUGUAACAUAAACAAGAGUAAUGUUAAUGAACAAAAUCUUCAAAGGAGAUAUUUCUUCUCAUCCACUUUGACAUCUACGUACACCUGAUAUUCACCCGGUAAUGAAGAUGAGGCUACUGGCUGAGGUGUGCUACAACACACAGACCGUCUGUGUUUGGCGUCUGCCUCCAGGAUGUGUACACACUGCCAUUACCAUGACUAAAAUGCAACCCGUUAUUUAUGAAAAUUCACACUAUCAUCAUCAUCAUCAUCAUCAUCAUCAUCAAAAUCAUCAUCAUUGUUAUCACUGUCAUCAUCAUCAUCAUCAUCAUUGUAAAUUUCAGAGGCCAGCCUGUUGUCAACUGGUGGCAGCUCCUAAAGCAGCUUUCCUGGUCUGCUCUCAAGACCUCACAUCUUUGGUAUACACUACCUGCAACUGUUGCUUUUCUCUGGAAAAUAAUUAACAUACUUCAUCCAGUUAUUUUUAUCACUUCUGCAUUGCUAAACUAAUGUAAUCUUCUCAUCCUCAUCACCUCACCCAUGACUUACUCCCAAGUCUGCCCAUUAACACCUUACCCUUGGGGCGCCACUCACUAGCUUAGCUCAUCCACAUCACCGUGCCUCAGCUCACCUUGGCCUCUUGACUUGCAUCACUCCCACACGCAGUGUAGUUCAUAUUUCGUGAGGCAGGGAACUUGUUUUAUGAAAAUGUAUCUCUAUGAACUUAUUCCAUCCUUUCACAACUCUUGUCCGAGAGUUUAAAGAAAAGUUUCCAGUGAUGUUGAGUAUGAAUUGAGUAGAACGCAUUUAUAUGUUGACAUCUUAUGAUGAUAUUUAGUCUGAGAGAUGGAUGUUUGUCGGUAUACAUCUGAUGUGCAGCUAUGCUUUCUUCCAAGUUACUUGUGAUGCUGAUGUGAAGCAACUUGCUGCCUCAAAUAUCAACACUGAAGGUUGUAUGUACUUAAAGCCCUUUGAAAACUCCAGCCUUGAAAAUAAUGUUGAUGUUACAAGUAUUUUUCUACCUUGAUACUAUAUAUAUAUUUUUUUUCAGUAGUCGUUCAGUCAUAGCACUUAAGAUAGAAUUUUUAUAUGAAUCUUAGGCAAUAAUGUCUUUAUUUACUGAGGGAGAGAAUUUGCUCAUUAAAUGUAAUCAAAUUACCUGGUUUAAGUAUGCUACAUGAUGUUACAUUCCCUAGUCACAUGUACCUCUAGAAGUAGACACUGAUUACUGUAGUAGAUUCAAGAGAACUUCACCUAAUUAAUUUUUGUACUUAGGUAAGAAAAUAUUUUGGCUAUUAACAAAUCUGUAUGGAAAACUCAGUAUGUAUUUUGAUGACAAAGUAUUAUAUUUGUAUUGACUGACAAGUAUUAGAGGCAUAAAAGUGUUAUUGGCUCCCAGCACUGCUCUUCCCUCCCCUCCUCAACUCUGAAGCAAGCUUGUACCACACAGCUGUAUGUCUGUGGCGUGUUCUGGGGCCAGCUGUUCUGGGGCUGAAAGUAAAUUUUUGCAGUGGGUGAUGUUCAGUCAUCAGAACAAAAAGUGGGAGUACACUUUCAAACAAGGGAAGUAUUGGCAAAUCCCUUCUAAAUUUGAGUGUGCACGGAAGAUUACAUUUGUAACCCAUGCAGUGAGGUGGGGCAGGGUGGGUGGUGGUGACACCUGGCAUGGGUGCUCUGGUCAUCCUCUUAGUGAGGACAGGGUGAAAGAAAUCUUGGUAAGCUACACAUGAUUACCAAGACCUGUGAAAAUGUAUGGUAUUCUCCAUGUAAUUAGCCGUUUUGUUCUAUCAUUGAUAAAUCAUUGCUCAUAUUUAUUAAUUUGAUUUUUUUGCAUGCAGCAAAAUCCAAACACUUAUGUUCAGUGACAAACUUUUCUUUUUAUGUGUAUCCUAUACUUGUUAUCUGGAUUAAACUUACAUAUCACUUAUAUGCAAUAACUUGAAUCUCACAACUGAACUUGUAUUUUUCUUAAAAUGUAAGAAUAAAGUUUUUUAUUUCAA